AUCAGGGAAAGUGGGGUCUACAGUUUCGUAUAAAAACGCAUUCAGGUCUCACGGCAAUCACACUCGAAAUCUCAUCACGCAGGAUCAGUAGAUUCGGGACAUUCGACAAAAUGAAAUUUCUCAUUGUAUCUCUCGCUCUAGUUACCGUUGCUGUGGCUCAACGGCACCCGGAGUACCAACCGGUGGCUAUUCUAAAGCAAGCACAGGACAUCUCGCCCGAGGGAAGCUACAAUUAUGCCUAUGAGACAGAGAACGGGAUCUCCGCUUCUGAGCAGGGCUCGCCGCAACCUGUCGGACCCAAGGGAGAACCUGCGGUCGUCGCCCAGGGUCAAUAUCAGUACACCGCUCCCGAUGGCACCCCGAUCGCCGUCUCAUACUCCGCCGACGAAAACGGAUUCCAUCCGCAGGGUGCCCAUUUGCCGGUUGCCCCACCUGUACCUGAGCAGAUCCAGAGAGCCGUCAACUACGUUUUGGCUCACCCACAACCGGAGCAUGCUGACCAUCAAUAAAUAAUCUGUGGUUUUUAGCAUUUUUAUUUUCGGACAAGGCGCACACCUCUCGAGCCAUAAACUACAAAUGUAUAGGUCUUCCUUUAUAUAUAUAAAAUAUUUCUCAUGUGUC